ACAUCUGUUUGUGUUGACCGGUGCAGUUAUGGUUGCGAUUCAAUUGGGAGAUGGGUUGUUGGAAAGGUCGUCUGGGUUCGGUCGGAAGCGAAGCAGUUCUAUGUGUAAUUUGGCGACUCGGUUGCGGUGAUUCUGUCUCGCGUCUUUGUAAAUCUUCGUGGUGCUGUGGGCGAAUGUUGCUACCACCUUCGGGCGUUCAUGCGAAUCGAAAGUGUUUUCCGCUUUCCUAUUCGUGGUAGCUAGUUUGGCCACUGUCAUGGUUUACUUUUAAUUAGUGGGAUUGGAUUGCCUUCCUUCGGUCUCAUGCGUUUUUAGAUUUGGAUGGAGGUGAAGAGUCCUAAUUUGAGCCAGCUAGUCGCUAACUAGUAUAUCGUAUCGGUGAUGUCCCUGCAACUCUUUGACGAAUUGUUGGGAGAUUCUAGGGCCGAGAGCUUGGCUGACCACUUGACAAAGAAAUCCAAAGUGUUGUCAUCCAUGGGGUUGGUUGUACCUCUGCAGGGGAUGCUGGGAGGGCGUUACGGGCUUGCACUUGGCUGCAUUAUUCCACUGGUGAGCUUUUAUCUCAUUCAGUUAAGGCCCAGAAAAUUCCUCCCGCUGGAUCCAAAGCCUGCCCAAGUAAAAUCUCUUGAGAAGAAUGAGGCGGUCGAGGUGCAACCACCAAUCUCGGCAAGGGCAAUGUCCGUGAUUUCUAUACAAGAGACCCCUUAUUACAUUGGCGGGAAGGAAAUGAGUGAGAAUGGAUACGAUUCGGUCCUUAAUCCUACUGGCUGCAUUGAAUUUGGAACAUCAGAGAACAAGUUAUCUUUGGAUUUGUUACAAGAAUGGCUCUCGAAGUGGGGCGAUAACCUGCUGGAUUUGAAUGAAGCGGGUGGCUACGUCGACUUUAGUGGCCUCAAGUCCUUGAAAUCAGUGCUUGCAAGGUUCAUGGGAUCGGUGAUGGGAGGCCGGGUGGAGUUAGAGCCAUCGCAAAUGGUGUUGACUGCUGGAGCCACUCCCACAUUGGAGAUAUUAGCUUUCUCCUUGGCUCAGCCUGGAGAGGCUUUCCUAGUUCCUUCUCCGUAUUACGCGGGGUUUGAUAGAGACAUAAAGUGGAGGAGCCAAGUGGAGCUUAUACCAGUACCCUGUAGCAGUGACACCGAUUUCAAGUUAACACCCGACGUUUUAGAAAGUACCUUUCGAAGAAUGUCCAGGAAAGGUAUUAAAAUACGAGGAGUACUGAUUUCAAAUCCAUCAAAUCCUGUGGGCAAUGUGCUUGACCGAGCUGCUUUGACUUCCCUCUUAGCCUUCACGCAGGACAAGAAAAUUCAUCUCCUUGUGGAUGAGAUUUACGCAGCUUGCACUCACGAAGAGUAUGCUUUCACAAGCAUUACUGAAAUUUUAGAUACUCCAAAAUCUCAUUACAAUCGGAGUUACGUGCACAUCAUUUAUGGUCUCUCCAAGGACUUGGGCAUUGCAGGUUUUAGGGUAGGGGUUCUGUACUCUUGGCACAAGCAGGUUCUGGAAGCUGCCAGCCGGAUGGCACGAUAUUGUGCAGUCUCCACAGCAACACAGCAGCUGUGCACUUCUUUACUCUCCGAUGAGCAGUUUAUGAGCAUGUUCUUGUUUGAGAACCGGAGAAGAAUCACCAAACGGUAUCGUAAAGUUGUGGCCGAGUUAAAUAAGAUUGGCAUCCAGAGUAAGAAUAGCAUGGGUGGGCUAUUUUGCUGGAUUGAUCUUCGGCAUGUGUUGGCGUCACCUUCCAAAGACGAAGAGAUGAAGCUGUGGAAGCAUCUCUUGUACAAAGUGGGGUUGCAUUUAACUCCUGGGACGUCGUGUUGGUGUGAGGAGCCGGGGUGGUUCAGGCUUUGCUUUGCAACUGUUGACAAUGAAACGCUUAUGGUUGCGUUUCUUCGCUUUCAGAAGUUCAUGCAGAAUUCUGUAUAUUGAAAGGGCUUCUUAUUGGAUUCUACCUUAAACCCUAAACCCUUGCUUAGACAUAUAUGGAUGGAGUCGGAUGUAAUGUGGAGGGAAGGUCUACACCAGUGUGAUUGUGUCUUUAUUCAAAAGGAAUUAACAUGGACUAGAAUUCAAGAAACAACUCUGCACUUAUUCAGAUCUGUUAUAUUUAAUUUCGUAUUGGCGAAGUUGGCUCUGUCAUUAGUCAUUUUUUGAUAGCUAGUUGUCGUUGCGGACAGACAAGGGUACUUUUAUAUUGUUUGAACAUUAUUUGCGGGAUGUAUCUCUAAUAAAGCGUAGUCUGAUUCCGAGAUC